GGCAGCGUUUUGGGUAGUGGCGCACAAUAAUGAGUAUAAGUAAUUCCUAAGUAGAUAGAUAAGCAAAGGUCCCAGAGACAGCCGACCCCACUCGGAGCCUUGAUCUACAAUUCGGUACAGUACCUAGUAAUAACUUAUCCCUACCUUAGGUUCACCUCAUUUCAUCAACUUCUGAAAAGACAGCCUCUUCCAUUAGCGUUUCGCUGGUCUUCAUCAUCUUGAGUCUUCUCCCCUUUCGGAUUCAAUUGACUAGGCCGGUUGAUGCCACAAGAGAGAAAGAGAUUCAAUCAUCAUGGGGUUUGACAUGAAGUAUGUCCUUGCACCGCUCUUCGUCGGCGCCUCGCUGUUCGGCGGCAAUGCCACCAUCGGCACGCUGCUUCGAAAUGGGCUAAGCGAGGUCAUUGGGGCCGUCGGCUCGGGCAAGGUCGCGUCUCUGAAGGGGGCGCCGUCACCGUUCUUAGCGACGUACACGGGCGUGGCCGCCAUUGACUACCAGCUCAGCGGCAUGAUCGGCUUCUUCUCUGCCAUCAUUGAUGGCAACGUGCCCUGGGAUGUGACCAUGUUCUACAUCUGGGGCAUGGCGCAGUUUGCCGCUGCCUGGACCAUCCUGGUGCUCGAGGCCAAGCGCGUCGGCAACCGCGGCAGACUGGUCUCUGCGAUCGGCACUGUCGGUUUGAUCUUCCAGAAUGUCACCUGGACUUUUACCAUCCCGCUGUAUCUCGCCCUGCAUCUCUUCACGUCACCCACGGCGAAGCUCAAGAACGGCGAUGGCGCAGGCGCACGUCGCACUCUAUUCGUCUAUCUCUGGGACUUGGCACUACUCCCCAUGGCGGUGACUCUGACCUUCAUCGUUCCGGCCAUCUUCAUGAGCAUGCCCCGCCUGUUCGGCCAGACGGCCGCCACACACUACAAAUGGAUUGCUAUCUGGCAACCAUUCCCUGCGCUCACGAUCCUCGGGCUCGGUCUGCUACACUACGCAUGCUACUACGCGCUCGGCAGCCUGAGUCCCGUGAACGAGGAGAACGAGCCCACGACACAUGGCCAUGGAUACAUGGUUGCCGUGCGAGGUGUCUAUGAAUUCGCGCUUGCCCUCUGCGGCACUAGCCACAUCCCCAUCGUGCUCCUGACGGUGAUGCCCCAGGCGGGCCGCGAGUUCCUGAGCCACGCGUUUCCAUACUAUGCGCCCGUUUUCCGCACCCUCUCGUUCUCCAAGACCUUCAUCCCCUCCCCGUGGUAUGCGGCCCCGACUGUCGAUCCGGCGACAUACAAGUCCGGCGAUCUCGCCAUCCUGGCCCAGCACUUCCUACACUACGACUUUUACGUGGGUACCCUCCCUAUGGUGCUCUGGGCCAUGUAUCUCCACCAGAGGACCGUCAAGAAUCCUAGCCUGGGAGCGAUGCUUCGCAAGGCGGCUUUCUGGUUCAUCAUUGGUGGACCGGCGGCUGUGGCUAUUAUCUUGAACUGGGAUCGGGACGCGGUUGCAGAAGAGGGCGAGGAGGAGCUCAAGAAGAGGAUUGAGGAUGAACUUGAGAGGAGAAAGACCGGCGAGAACAUGAAGACAAAGUAGAAGUAGUCACCUACGAUAGAGAUGGAAGUACAUGGGGGUUUUGGGGGAAUGACGUUUUAAAGGUGGAAUUGGGGAGUAUUUGCAAGCCGAGCACGUGUGCGCGCGUGGUUGGUUGAAUGGACUGGGUCGUUUUGUAUCACCACAUUAUAUAUAUAUAGUUAUAUGCAGCCAAGUUAAUUAUAUAUCGAGUGGAAUCUGUGUUACCAGAUAAA